GAGAACAGCCUGACUGAGAACGAGUGGAUGUAUGUGAAUGACUUUCAUCUCAUCUUCUGCAGCGCUUGCGACGAAAGGAAUCACUUUUUGAAUGGCUGGAUUUUGUGGAUAACCCUGCAUAGAUGCGUUUUUUUUAACCAUGCCGUAUUAACUUCAUAGGAGUCAUGCAUAACUAUUUCGGAGGUUGUUUCUCACUAGUGUUCCUAAUUUUGACGUUUUGGACUGAGGUUUGCCACUCAUCGGGUUAUUUGGAGCUUCAGUUGAUGAGCUUGGAGAAUGACAGGGGCGAGCUCGCGAAUGGCAACUGCUGCGACGGCGCGCGGAGCGCACGAGACGGUCUGUGCGACCGGGACGAAUGUGACACGUACUUCAAAGUUUGUCUAAAGGAAUACCAGGUGGAGGUCACCACGUAUAGUUUAUGUACAUACGGCACUGCGAGCACGAGCGUGCUCGGGGGAAAUACGUUUCAGUUGAAAGGACUCAAUGGAAACCCAAACAAGGCCAAUGACCUCGGGACCGUUAUCAUACCCUUUCAGUUUGCCUGGCCGCGUGCAUACACUCUGAUCGUGGAUGCUUGGGACUGGGACAACCAAACAUUUACUGACAACAGUGAUGAACUGUUGAUCGAGCGAAGUAUUAAUCGUGGUGAAAUGAACCCCGGUGAGGAACAACAGCUUAUUCGGCACAAGGGUCAAACGACCAGCUUCCAGUACAGCGUGCGUGUGCGCUGUGACCAAAAUUACUACGGCAACAAGUGCAACAAGCAUUGUCGCCACCGAGAUGAUUACUUUGGCCAUUACCAAUGUGAUCAAUCCGGCAAUCAGCAGUGCAUGGAGGGCUGGAUCGGGCCAGACUGCAAGACAGCUGUCUGUAAACAAGGCUGCAGUGAGCUUCAUGGAAUGUGUGACAAUCCAGGAGAUUGUGUGUGUAAAUAUGGCUGGCAGGGUCCACUGUGCGAUGAGUGUUUGCUGUACCCGGGGUGUGUGCAUGGGACCUGCGUGAAGCCCUGGACGUGCACUUGUGAAAAGAACUGGGGUGGAAUUCUGUGUGACAAAGAUCUGAAUUACUGUGGCACGCACACGCCCUGUGUGAAUGGAGGCACAUGUUUGAAUACAGAACCAGAUGAGUAUUUCUGCACCUGUCCUGAGGGCUACUCUGGAAAAAACUGCCAUAUCGCCGAGCAUGCCUGCAUGUCAAAUCCAUGUGCAAAUGGUGGGACCUGUCAUGAACUGGCUUCAGGGUUCGAGUGUCAGUGUCCCCAAGGGUGGGAUGGGCCCACCUGUGCUAAAGACAAAGAUGAAUGUGCCUCAAACCCGUGCGCUCAUGGAGGGACUUGCUUUGAUCUUGAGAAUGGCUUUGACUGCUUAUGCCUCCCACAGUGGACUGGCAAAACCUGUCAGAUAGAUGUGAAUGAGUGUACGAGAAGACCUUGUCUAAAUGCUUACUCUUGUAAAAAUCUUAUUGGUGGAUAUCAUUGCUACUGCCAUCGGGGCUGGGCGGGACCCAACUGUAAUAUCAAUGUAAACAGCUGUUAUGGGCAGUGUCAAAAUGGAGGAAGCUGUCAGGAUGAUCGUCAUGGUUACACGUGCCUUUGCCAGCCGGGGUUUACAGGAAGACACUGCGAAGUUCAGCAAAACAGGUGUGCUAGCAGCCCGUGUCAAAAUGGUGGACGUUGCCGUUCAAAUGAGUGUGAGUGUCUAUAUGGAUACACUGGACCCAACUGUGAGGUACCGGUGGAUCUCUGCAAUCCGAACCCGUGUCAGAAUAAAGCUCAGUGUCACUCUCUGCAGGGAGAUUUUUACUGCGCCUGCGCAGAUGAAUACGAGGGAAAGACGUGUAAUCAGCUGCGAGACUACUGCAAAACCUGCACCUGCCAAGUGAUUGACAGUUGUACUAUUGCCGUGACAACCAAUGACACACUAAAAGUGGUAUGGCACAUUUUAUCCAAUGCGUGUGGUCCUCACGGGCGCUGCAUUAGCCAAUCAGGAGGCAAUUUUACAUGUGCCUGCCAACCAGGGUUUACAGGAAUAUACUGUCAUGAAAAUAUAAAUGAUUGUGCAACAUCUCCAUGUCAAAACGGAGGAACGUGCAUCGACGACAUCAACUCCUUCCACUGUGUCUGCCCUGAUGGCUUUGAAGGGCCACUCUGUGACCUGGAGGUGAAUGAGUGUAGGGAUGAGCCUUGUCUAAAUGGAGGUCAUUGUAUUGAUCUGCUGAAUGAUUUCUAUUGUCGCUGCAUAGACAACUGGAAGGGAAAGACUUGUAAUUCACGUGACAAUCAAUGUGAUCCCAGCACAUGCGCUAAUGGAGGAACAUGUCAUGAUCAGGGAGACUCGUUCCACUGUGUGUGCUCCUCCGGGUGGGGUGGCAGUACCUGUAACACAGCAAUGAACAGCUCAUGUGAUUCCGGGCCUUGUCUGAAUGGUGGAACUUGUGUUGGAGGGGGCACGACCUUCACCUGCAGUUGUAAAGAUGGAUGGGAAGGGCCCACAUGUGCUCAGAAUGUUGAUGACUGCAACCCUCAUCCAUGUUAUAAUGGAGGAUCAUGUGUGGACGGGGUGAACUGGUUUCGCUGUGAAUGUGCUCUUGGAUUUGCUGGGCCUGACUGUCGCAUCAACGUAGAUGAGUGUCAGUCUAAUCCUUGUUCGUAUGGAGCCACAUGCGUGGAUGAGAUUAACGGAUAUCGCUGUCUGUGCCCAGUUGGACUUGCUGGACCACGGUGCCAAGAGUUCAUCGGUGUUGGGAAGUCAUGCGAUCAGUCGGGCUUGCAGGUUCAUCAUGGUGGCCGUUGGGAAGAAGGCUGCAACAGCUGUCAGUGUAUGAAUGGAAACAUCAGAUGCACUAAAGUACGUUGUGGCCGUCAGCCCUGCUUGUUGCAGUCAGGUUUUGGUCAGCCACAGCACCCCGUGUGUCCACCAGGGCAGGAGUGUGUAGAGCAUCAGUUUCUGUCUUGUCUUCGUCCACCCUGCAAACAGCUGGGGAUUUGCUCUGCCCCUGAACGUCUACAACCAAUCAGCUCUCAUUGCCUACCCAACAACGGCUAUCUAGAUGACAACUGCGCUCGUGUUACGCUUGUAUUUGACCCUGAUACUGUUCCACAGGGGACAACUCCUGAAGGUGUCUGCGCAGAGAUAACCUAUCUGCCAAUCACACGAGUCCUGGCCAAAGACAGCACCCUUUAUAUUCUUUGCGACCAAUCACCUACCAGCCAAAAUGCAGUUGAGGUUGCAAUGUCAUAUGAGCAAUACACUUUUGUUGAGGGACGUACUCAGAUACAGGACGUGGUCCGAUCCAUCAUUGAUGUUCUGUCGAAACGUCACAACAGCACGCUACUGUUGGCUGUUAGAGAGGUCAGAGUGGACACUCAGGACCCUCACCCCCCAGUUGGAUACCUCGUACCGGUAUUGUGUGUGCUGUUUGCGGUGUUGUGGAUCUCCUGUAUCGUCGUGUGCAUGUGCUGGUUCCGGAGACGCCGGAAAGCGAGACAAAGAGGAGAUGCGCCGAUGGAGGAGAGCAUCAACAACCAACGUGGGACGGUGCUGAGCGUCCGCACGCCGCACAAAGACAACAUGGACACGCCGCAGGAGAACAAGAAUCUGAUUUACCCUCUUGAUCGGAUUGGAGACGGAGCUGAACGUGAAGAUGAGGAGGAAGAAGGAGAUGAAGAAGCAGAAACAGGGCUUGUUUUGCAUAAAUGCUCAUCUCUCACAUACACUAAAAGGGACGUGGUGUGCACUUUUCAUCCUACGGCCCAGCACCAGCCACACAGGACACAGUACAGCGGCAAAGACAACCGCUGUAAGAACAAUGUGAAUGAGCACACGAGUGAAGACACAAAAGAUCAUUUUGUAUGAAAGAACUAAAAAAAUUGCUGUAUGAUCAAAAACCGAUUGCUUUUUCGUCCUUUUUGUCUUCGUGUAGUCAAACGAAACAGGAAUUUGCAAGAAAUGCAGCAAGUCAGACAUUCAGUGAACGGUUUUCGAAAUCCUUUUCUUUUGUUUACACUUGCACUCACUUUCUUUUAUAAGAAGGACUUUGUACACACGGCUGAACUUUGAGAUUAUGUCUGUGAACUAUGGCGACACCUUUGACCUUUGGGGCUAAAGAGGAAUCAGAGAUAGGCAGCUUUAAAUUGUUUUUGUCCAGACCUGCCCCAAGUCAAGUGUUAGGAACUAUCAUUUCUUACAUAAGUGCCUCAUCGGACCUUCAAGAUAGCGCUUACAUACGGCUACAUCUUUUUAUUUUUUAUAUAGUUUUUAUUUGCAAUAAUACUCAACACAUACAGUAUGUUGUUUCUUGUUAUUUUUGCUACAAAUACUGUAGAGACGCAAAUAUUCAUUUUUAGGGAAUUGGUACCGAUGCAGUAAGAUUAUUUUGACUGAUAGACUCUCACCGUAGUAGCACUUGAUGGUUAAUAGUUAAUGUAAGCUGUGUAUUACCAAAAGAUUAAGGUUUUUAGUCACCCAUUUGAAAAUAUUUCUUUAAUCACUGAGACAAUGAUGCAUGUGUAUAUAUGUGUAAAUAGUAAAAGAAAGACAUAGCUGUGUAUAUUUGAGUUUAGUAAGUUAUGCAACAUCUUUUUUUAUGUCAUUCUUAAAAUUAUUGCAUUUUUCCUUUGCUCUCUUAGACUUCCUCCCUCUUUUUUUAACAGUGUCAUUCCUUUUAUUUAUGUUGGACAGAAACUUUUAUAUAUAUACAUAUAUAUAUAAAUAUGUAAAAGGGCCACAGCCUGUUAGUUUAUCUGUGGGGACUCUUUAUAAGAGAUAAUCUGAACAUAACAUGCUCUGUCAUCAUUGCUUGUAUGUGUUAUUUUAAGGAUUUUCCUAAUGAAUGUUGACUAGGGAACGGACACGCUGACCACGCUGAAAGAAGAAAGAAAACGGUGAAUGUUUCUCUGAAGCUCGACUUGAUUGGAGAAACGCUCAAUGAAAGACUUGAUGAAUAUGCUGCAUGUCUGAGUGGCACUUUAUGUUCAACACCUGCUUAUUCGAGUCAGUGUCAGUCAUGAUAUAAUUAUGUGUUUAUGUUACUGUCCCAGCCUGCCUAGUUUUAAGCCAGAUGUUGGAAUACUUUGGAAGAGUUUUAUUCUUAAUGUGUAACAUUAUUGAGUGCUAUUAUGCUACUGUUUCAAUUGAACCACAAAUGGACCAGAACCUCUAAACCAGGCAGCAGACGACUCCAGGCCAAAGUCAGCAGAUCCGGGCCGGAGUCGUCUGCUGUCUGAGAAAUCAGACUGACCCGCAUAAAGUACAAAACGUUUGCAGUUAAUUGCAAACUAACCAGCCAGUGUAUUUGUGUUAAAUAUUAGGCUUUGUUUUAAAUGGUACUAAUACCAUUUUUAGAUACAUUUAGGCUAGUGAUGCUGAACCCACAUUAGAAAUCCUCCUUUAUUUGGGAUGCAGAGUAUUUUUGUGCUUUAUUUAUGUGUGACAUCCUGUUGUACUUUUGGGGUCAAUUGAACGCAUUUGUGUCAAGGGUUUUAAAAGGUCUGGAAAAUAAUGUCAGUGCAUGUUGCUUUGGCUGAAUGAAGGGAACAAUUUCAAUUUUUUUCUGUCAUUUGUUUCAUUUGGUGUCUGUAGUACAAAAUUUUUUCAGGAGGUUAAGAUGAAUACAGGAUUAUUCGAAAAUGGGAAAUGUUAUCUAAUUUAUGUAACUUCAAAAUGUUUGAUUAUACAGAAAUUGUAAACACUCCACAUUAACAUUAAGAAAAAACUCUGGACGUCUAUCACAUUAAUGCCUGUGAUUAGUUUUCCAUGCACUGAUGGUCAUAAUGAAUCCCGCCUUUCAUUCAUCGUACCUAUUUGACUCUCCCCAACAAUCCAAGUAUUUAUUAAAGACUUUUGUAUCUAUGCAUUUGA